AGCGCUUGUGGUAAUUUUUUCUUAUUGGUCGGCGCUAUAAUGCCUUUCAUAGUGCAUAUCAAAUUGCUCAUAUCGGCUUUUGGCGGAAUGGAACCGAGAAACGUCUCUUUUCAUGAUUGUCGCCUCGCGCUGUCUCAUUCUUACCAGUGAAGUCGCCAUUCUCCCUCUUGUUGAUGGUAUCCUCGCCCCGUUGUUGGGUCCCUCCUUCCUCCUGCCGGCUGCGAAACCUAUGCUUCGCACCAUCGACCUUUUCUUGCAAUGCACGCACUUUAUGUUUGGCUCUAGUGUAUCCCUCGAUGCCUGCCAAGACAGCAUACGAUUUGCUGAUGGAGACAUGCGACAUGUCGACUCCUUGGUCCUGCAGGGAAUGGACAAAGGCACGGAAAUUGGCGGCCGGAGGGCGAUAGUGGCCACUUUGAGAGUCAGGAGACAAUGGCUCACAUAUGAACUCGGAACACGUACCUCAACGGUGCCAAACCGCGUAGUUGCCCAUUCCUAACCUUGAUCAAUCCAGCUGCUGCGAUGCGGGCACCACGGAGGAAGGAAGAGUGCUGAAAUGAGCCGGACUCUUUGAUG